AGUUUUCGUUUCAGACGUCGCCAUCUUUACGCAGGGCAGAAAAAGCAUAAUUUUCAGUGAUUUUAGGCGAUGCGAACAGUUACAAACGAAUCGAAACGUUAGAACAGUGUGUGGCAAAGCCAUUAAAUAUAGUGAUUCGGCGCAUAUCGGUGGGACCGGUGCUGCUACCCGGACCGGAAUCUGUUAUCAAACAAGGAACAGUAGCUGUAGACACAAUCAUCAAACAACGAAGUGAACAGCGUGUUUGGGAAACUGAACCCCCCGGUAACCAGUUAAGAAUUUGUAUUAGCUGAGCUGUAAAGAGAAGAAUUUGGAAAAAGAAACUCACGCUUAGAAACAAAGCACACAGCUAUCAAUCAAAACCCAUCAGCGUUCCUUUGCGUUCAGUCCUUGAUUUUGCCUUGGUUUGCGGUGCUGAUGUUUGUUGUCGUCCAGGCAGGGCCGUAACUGUUGGUUGCUCUGUCGAAAUCGAAAGAAAAGGAAACCAAAAAAAAAACCAAACAAAACCGGAAGCUGUGGUGUUGUACAGGCGGGGCGGGCACCUUUUGCCGUCGUCUUACCGUGUGUACUCUAUUUCCCGCGCAAAAAAACAGCCAGUAGCAGCAGAAGCAGCGCAACACCACCCUGAACCAUGAGCGUGAUCAUUCGUCUGCAGAACCUGCCCUUGGCGGCGAAUGCGUCCGAUGUGCGCUCCUUUUUCAAGGGUCUGUCGAUUCCCGACGGUGGCGUACAUAUCGUCGGCGGUGCGCGCGGUGAUGCGUUUAUAGCGUUCAGCACCGACGAAGAUGCACGUCAAGCAAUGUCGCUUAAUGGAGGUUAUAUCAAGAAUGGGCCAAUAUCACUGCUACUUUCUUCCCGUGCCGAAAUGCAGAAGGUGAUCGAACAGGCACGGAAGGCCGCCCUUAGCUACAUGCAACUGAAACAGGCAGCGGCACCUGUGGCGACCGUCCGGCGGCCGAGCGCUGUGAUGCCCAAGCCCAACAUCAUGCCGAUCCCCAUGAAACCUGGACUGAAUCAAAAUGUAAACCCGACUGCGAGCAUGUCGCAGUUUAACGCGCCACCACUGGGGAAGGCGGCGUUAGGCAGUGGAACUACGCGACCGUGCACUGCCACUGCCGGCGUGCAACAACCACAACCGCCGGUAAUAUCUUUGUCUGGAUUUUUGGCGAAAGCUGCUGCAGCGUCGGCAAAGGGCACCACGGUUCCAUCGUUGAGCCCACUGUUAUCCCAAGGAUCGGCCUACAACGAAAUACCUGGUCUGUCCUUUCUCUCAUCCGAUGGGCCGCAAACCGUGGACGUCGGUGUUGUCUCUCCGUCAGCCGGUGCGGGAAUACCGUCCUCCGCCAAUGGCGGGCUUAGCGGGUGGCUUUCGGCGAUGAACGGAUCGGGUUUGAGGGGACCAACCAUCAACGACGUACCGCGCCCCAUCAUUGUGGAUGAUUCGACACCGUGGAAAUUUUUGAAAAAGGAUCGUUCGAGUCGUAGCCGCUCCAGUUCGCGGGACCGUUCGUACAGGAGAAGCAGCCGGUCGUCUUCUCGCGAUCGUCGCCGAAGUCGCUCUACAUCGCGUGACAGAAGGCACAAAAGGGAUGGACGCAGUCGCUCUUCCUCGCGUGAUCGUAACAACCGGUGGUCGCGUAGUUCCAGCCGCGAGUAUAGUAGAAAUCGAUCGAGAAACAGUCGUAGUCCCAGCCGCGAUCGUUUUGGCCGGACGCGCCAAAGAUCGCGCUCGCGAUCGCUUGAUCGGCGAAGCCACGAUAGUAACAGCCGUGAUCGGUAUGACGCAUCGAACGGUGGUCGUUCGAAUCGAGUGUCGCGCUUCUCCGACCGCGGCAAUUCUGAUUUUAAUGGCCAGCAACAAGGGCAGAAUUCGGCGGAUAAUAUGUUUGGAGGCAUGAAUCAUCAAACGGUUGAACCCAUCUACGGACUCCACACGAUGCCCGGUGGUAUGGUUGACGGUGGGCGCUCCCGCCACGCGCCAAACCAACCAAGCCAUUUCUCUAAGAUUAGUGGCACAACAUCGACCGGUUCGUUUGGUUCGAACGGUGGUCUCGGGCAGGGCGGUGCGUUCCGUAACACAUCGCCACUGCCGGAAGGCGUGUAUACAAACACACACAAGACGAAUAAUGGGCCGACUACUAGCGAUUUUGCGGUCAAGCUGUCCAACUUCGAGGUGCCUACAGGGUACGGUGAGAUUAGGCGGUUCUUUAAGUCCCACAUGAUAUCGACGCAAGGUAUCAAGAUGAUAAACGAUCAACAUGGCCGGCGAACGGGCAUUGCCUUCAUUCAGUUCCUGCGUAAGGAAGGCAAACAGCAUGCACUAAUGCGCGAUGGUACGAUAAUGCGCCGGACGCGCAUUAGAAUAGAGUCUAUUACGGAUCAAGAUUUCGAGUCGGCGAUCGAUUCGUACCGACCGGGUAACGAUAAUCCAUCGCAGGAUCCGCAGGGUUGGAGAAACGCACGUACCGUAAACCAGUGGAACAUGAACCAGGACGACGCGAGACCGAUGGGUGGCGAAGACUCCAAUAAUGUGCAGCGCAAACAAUUCUCAGACAAUGGUACGGAAGCAACGACCACUACGUUGGUGGUGUGGAACUUACCGUCCUUUACAACCGAGCAAGACAUUAUGAAGAUGUUUUCCGACUAUACCGUCGUUGAGGUGCUGAUUGUGCGCAACCAUUACGCACCGAAGCAGAUGGAUGGGUAUGUGAAGUUUCACCGGGCGGAAGAUGCGAAAGAAGCAUGGACAAUGAUACAUCGGCACUACAUCGGCAACAAGAAGGUUGUGGUGCAGGCAUGUGAGGAGAUUGACUAUGAGGUUGCGAAGAAUGAGUACGAGAAUCCGGGCGCAGAUAACGAAAACUCGUCGGAGCAGGAGAACACUAACGUGCAGUUCGAGCAAAACAAUGAUCAAUUUGAUAACGACGAUUCGGGGCCUGCAAAUGAUAACAAUGACAACAACGGUGGCAAUGUUGUCCGGCAGGGUCGUAACAAUAAGCAAAACACUAGGUGGGAUUCGGUUGAAAGGAAUUGGGAUGAGCCGGCUGACAAUAACCAUCCGGACGCACAACGACGGUUUGAUGGUGAUGGGGGAGCUAGCUCGGAUACGAACGGCUCUUGGAACAAUCGUGAUCCCCGUUUGCAUCGUGACGAUGAGUCGGGAGACAACGGGGAUGACAGCAACAGCAACUUCAACAAUAACUCCAACCGACAGAGCAAUUCGCGCGAUCCGCGCAAACCACCGAACCGGUUCGGUGGUGGCAAUGCCGCGAUGGAUAAUAGUGAGAUGUUCCAGCGUACCAACUGGCUGCUGCUGCGGAACGUCGACUUCAGCGUGUACGAGGAGGACGUGUAUGCGUUCUUCGGCAAUGAUGGGUUCCACGCGAAAACGGUGCUGCUCGUGCACAACGAGCGGGGUGGCCGUACGGGCGAAUGUUUGGUAGAGUUUGGUUCGCCGAGUGAAGCGCACCAUGCCGAGUCGAAGUCAUCGCAGAACCUUGGCAGGCGGAAAGUGUUUGCCAGCCAUCUUGACCGGGGCCAGGUGGCCGAUCUGAUGGCCCGCUUCAAUGCGAUCGCACAGGGCCUGCAGCCGUCCUGGCUGCCGGACCAUGUGCAGAACAAUGGCAAUGGGAAUAACGGCGAUGCGCGGAAUGAUGAUCCGGAGAAGAAUCAGGGCGUUGGCUGUGGACCGUACCGUACCUCAACCGUGGGUUUGCUAAACCUGGCCUACAAAACAUCGGUGGAGGAUGUGCAAAAAUUCUUCCAGGAGUUUAACCUACCGCUAGAGAACGUUCGACGCCGGUUUUUGGACAAUGGUCAACCGACCGGUGAAGCAAUGGUGCGCUUCGAGAACCAUCAGGAUGCAGAGAAAGCUUUGAAUGAGUAUCAAAACAGACGGCUGUUCGGUAGGAAUGUGCGAAUCCGAUUGAUCAAUGAUGACUGAAAGGAAGGUUGGCGCUCCGCAAAGGAUGGAGCGUGAAAGGGUGGAAAUUAUAUUUUAGUUAGCAGUAAGUUUUUUUCUUCUUUUCAAUACCGAUAAGAAACCGUCACCAUGUAACUGAAACACAACAGAGUGUAAGUCAAGCCAAGUUCCUCUGCAGAGUUCGAUCAACAGGAAGGAUGGUGUAUGAAUUUCGCGUCUAGUGCAUCAUCAGCAUUCGUUUCUUUCGAAUAGUGGUUACACUACUAACUGUACAUUGUUAGCGUUUAGGCAUCGGGCGUGUAUGGUUAAUUGCAAUGUAAUUAAGUAAUGUACUAUAAUGAUAACGUAUUGAUUGCUUCACUAAUUUGUACUACCAUUAGUGAGAAAUAAGUAAUGCACAUGUAUGCAUAAUUUUGUAUUAAAAUAAAGAAAAAGUAGUUG